AUGGAUGUAAGAUGGAAAACUUUAAUUGUGCGAGCAGGCACGGACCAUGACGCCUUCACUAAUCAGAAGUGCGGUGAUAGAAUUGACAACAACUUAAAAAUCUUAAAAGAAAUUUGGAUGUCCUGUCCGCCAGUAAGACUAGCACGUUAUGUCAGUGUUCACUUACAAGUUACAAACUUUCUCAAUUUGGCGGAAAUUAUGGUAUUCGGUAUUGAUAUGUGUCAACAUCCGGGCAUACCAGAUAAUGGCUACUUACUUUCUGCAAGUAUCGGCGCCGCCGUUCAUGCUGGACAUAAACUACAAUAUGAAUGUAAUUCUGGAUAUGAAUUGUCAGGAAACGAUACAAUAAUCUGUACAUCAGAUGCCGUCUGGUCUGGGGAAAUACCCAUAUGUUCAGGAGUAGCAACGACAUAUGCAACUUUAGAAACUCCUAGCACUAUGGUGACCACUGAGAUUACUACGGAUGUAAUGCCAGUUUCCAUUACUACCCAAUCCGACGUAACAACAGAUGUAACGUCAGCGCCUAUUAAUACACAGCCUGACGUAACCACGAAUGUCUUCACAGCGUAUGAUACUACGAAACCAGGCAUAACAACAGAUUUGACAUUAGCGCCCAUUACUACACAGUCAGGCAUAACAACGGAUGUGACGUCAACGCCCAUUACUACACAAACUGACGUAAUAACGGAUGUGACUUCAAUGCCCAUUACUACGGAACCAGGCACAGCAACAGAUUCGACAUUAGCGCCCAUUACUACACAGCCUGACAUAUCAACAUAUGUGACUUCAGCGCCCAUUACUACGCAACCAGGCAUAACAACGGAUGUGACGUCAACGCCCAUUACUACACAGCCAGACGUAUCAACAGAUUUGACUUCAGCGCCAAUUUCUACGCAACCAGACAUAACAACAGAUGUAGCGUCAGCGCCUAUUACUACACAGCCUGAUGUAACCACGAAUGUCUUCACAGCGUAUGAUACUACGAAACCAGGCAUAACAACAGAUUUGACAUUAGCGCCCAUUACUACACAGACUGACGUAAUAACGGAUGUGACGUCAACGUCCAUCACUACACAGCCUGACGUAAUAACAGAUGUAAACUCUGCGCCCAUUACUACGCUACCAGACGUAACAGCGGACAUCACAACAGUUCCAGGUUUUGUUUCUACCACUUCACAAAUCAACACAAAUGUUUUUACACCACCAGCAAGCAGUGUUCAAUCCACCAAUGACCAAGGCAAAGCCAUUGAUCGCAACAAUCAAUAUGGCUCACAAAUAGAUGAACUUUCGUUGCUGUCUCUACUUGUCUUGGUUCCUGUCCUGAUAUUUAUUAUAUUGUACAUAGCUCAAUGGAGAUUCGGAAAACGUAUUUUUACUAAGGUUAUCCCCAGAAAAUCUGUGACGGUGUCUGAGAUGAAAAAAGAUUUAAAAAUCGCUUGGAAAUGA